AUGUCUACCCAGUCGGACAUUACACCGGCAGAGAGCGGCGGGGAGCAGCAAUCCGGGAAGCUGUCGGAAUCUUCUAGCGAAGGGGUGAUUAGUAGCAGCGACGAAAUCGAAAAUGAUAACGAAGUUGAUAAUAACGAUGCGGACGAGGAUCAGGUCAAUGAAGUGCUGGGUGUUAGUAUAAGUCAAGUCCAGAGCCGAAUGAAAGCGCGCCAGACACCUGCAGAAGAAAAAAGUCGUGCGAUUGAGAGCUCGGGAGGUUAUUUUGAUCUGAUACCAGACGAAAGUGGCGGCGCGCAGGGUCAGCCGCAGUUAUUCGAGGAGCCGGAAUCUAUUGAGGAGCCAUCGUUGGCAGCACAAGGGGGCGAUGAGAGGAAGAAACUCGAAAAGAGUGCGCCGAAAAGCAAUCGACAUUCGUUUACGAGAUCAAUGCUCAUGUCGAGUCUGUCCGGGAGGAGGCGCGCGUUAUCUGGUGAUUCGGGUUAUGGGAUCAAUCUGAGGAAGUUGCUGCCGGAUUUUAGCUUGACGCCGAGUCGGCAGAGUUCGUCGUCUACGAAAUUCAAUUUUACUGAUUCUACGCUCCGGUCGAGGUCGUCUAGUUCUCCUCAAGAAGGAAGCCCGCAUGGACGGCGGGACGACAGUAGCUCCAGCAACAUAGGCUCCAAAUCGUCCAGUACAAUCCACUCUAAUAAUGACGACGGGCUAGCGGCAUUGGAUACAUUGCAGAAUACGAGAACACAUUCGUAUCAGCAAUAUCUAAUGACGAAGAAACGACCUCCAUUAAGUGUGAGACACUCGUUGUCCGAUGAAAGUUUAUACGUGAGGAGUCUUUCGCGGGUGUCGACAUUGGAACAUAGACCGCAUUACGAGAAUGUCCAUGCACAGGUCAACAGUCGAUACAAAGCGAUCAAGGAUAGUCUACAGGAUUCAAGCAGCCGAAUUUUCAGCAUGCCGAGUUUCAAUCUUCCAGAUUUCAAACAUGAGUGGCAUCCAGGCCGUUUCUUGGGAGAUUACCAGCGAAAGGAUGGCGUACCAGCGGGAGAUUCUAGGAUUAAUGGCGUGGCAGAAGUCAACAGCAAUGAACCAAAUGUGAAUGGCAACAAACCCAACACUCGAACAAAUACAAUCUACCCCUUCCUCGACAAAGCAGCCUCCCAUAUCACUGGUGACGUCGUCGUCAUGGGCGGCUAUAGAGGCUCAAUCCUCCGGUCCGCUAAACCACCUCAUCGACAGCUCUGGGUUCCCAUGAAAGUCGGCCUGAACAUCCGCAAAGUCGAUCUCGAAGUUGGUUUAUCUCCUGAAGACGAAGAACGCAUGGAAGAGACCAUCAUUGCGCGAGAAGUCUUGUCGCAUAUCGGUCCCGUAGAUAUCUGCCGACGUUUAUUACAACGACUGAGCAAACAUGAAAAAUCCCGUAAUGGCGAUAUCCGUGUUUGGGAUUACGGAUAUGAUUGGCGUUUGAGUCCGCAUUUGCUCUCAAAACGAUUGAUAAAGUUUCUAGAGGGGUUACCGUGUAAUGCGCCUGGGAUUCCUCCAGAAAAAAGAGGCGCAUAUGUGAUUGCGCAUAGUCUGGGUGGAUUGAUUACCAGACAUGCCGUCAAUCAACGACCUGAAUUGUUUGCUGGGGUGGUGUAUGCGGGCACUCCGCAGCAUUGCGUGAAUAUUCUCGGACCAUUACGGAACGGGGACGAGGUACUCUUAAGUUCCAAGGUGCUCACUGCCCAGGUCAAUUUUACGAUUCGCACGAGUUAUGCGUUGCUUCCGGAUAAUGGGAGGUGUUUUAUCGACAAGGACACCAAAGAGGACUAUCUGGUGGACUUUUUUGAUGUGAAUUCGUGGGACAAAUAUGCCUUGUCGCCGUGUAUUACGGCGCCGUUGCCGCCCGCAGCGAACGAAACCAAUAACAGAAAAGGGAUUAUGGAGAAUCUACCGAGUUCGCUGAGCACGCUUCCAAGAAUCGGAUUAGGGAAGAAGAGGCUUUCCAUGAAACUUAGCAAGUCGAAUUCCGUCUCAUCUUACGGCGCACCGCGCGCAUCACGCGAGACAGAUCAACGCGAGAACGCACCCAGCGGAAGCGAAAACGAAGAAACCCCCAUACCGGUAGAGUCCAAGUCAAAGGGUGGCGCCGCAGCCAUUGCCAGCGGAACUGCCGGCGGAAUUCUAGGUCCAAACACAGCCAAACCACCACCCGAGACAAACACAAACCAAGUAACAACAGGCAGCAGCAGUAUCCCCUCCAACAUGAACACCAGUUGCAGCAGCGCGGCAGCAACUACGAGCACAAUCCCGCGGGAAGAAGCACUCGCGUACCUCGACCGCACGCUCAAGGAAGUAAAACAAUUCCGACAGGAACUCGCCUUCAACGAAGCACAUCAAAAAGCGAAUAAAUACCCUCCCUUUGCAGUGAUGUAUUCCAAGGCUUUGCCAACCGUCUACGGUGCGCGAGUCGCAUCACGCGACGAUAUCAAGCGAACCGAUGCAUACGAUGACCUUGCCUUUGCGGCAGGUGAUGGCGUCUGUUUGGCGUCGGCAGCUAUGUUGCCGCAUGGGUACAGAGUGAUUAAGCAUGGGCUUGUGAGGAGUGAGCGCGGACACGUGGGACUGUUAGGUGAUUUGGAGGGAGUUGGGCAGUGCUUGUUGGCGUUAGUAAGGGGGAGGGAGGCUGGUGUUGGCAUCAACCUUGAAAAGUGA